UAGUUGUAGGCUUGUAGGCAAGCCAUAAACUAAACGUCCCCUCCCUCCCUUGGCAAGUUCCAAUCCCAAAAUAUCAAAAGCCUUUCGCAGAGCUACUCACCUUCGCAGAUCUCCCUCUCUCUCUCUCUCUCUCUCCUCCCUUCCGUUCCAUCGACUGUUCUUCAGGGUUUGAUGGCUGACCGGAAUGCACUGGUUGCUCGGCCAAUUUGGGCAAGGCAGGCUGAGGAAGCUAAGCUGAAGAGUGAAGCGGAGAAAACUGCAGCUGCUAAGGCGGCUUUUGAGGCCACUUUCAAGGAUGUGGAUAAGAGCAAACCUAAGGCUAUAGAUUCAUCUUCUGACAGCGACGAUGAGGGGGAAGAUCUGGUAAACAAGCCAAUUGGGCCAGUUGACCCCUCUAAGUGUACUGCAGCUGGGGCUGGAGUAUCUGGCGGGUCGGCAUGCUCACCGUGUACAUUUAAUUUGACUACCAAGGAUUCAGAUGGGAGAAAGAUACCUAAAGGGGAUGCUCAGGUUAAGGUUAAGGUUACCCCGGGAGUAGGGGUAGGGGGCUCUGACAUAGACGGGAUUGUGAAGGACCUGGGUGAUGGGACCUAUACAGUUACCUAUGUUGUUCCUAAAAGAGGAAAUUACAUGGUCCAUGUGGAAUGCAACGGGAAGCCCAUCAUGGGCAGCCCAUUUCCUGUGUUUUUCAGUGCAGGAAGUUCGAAUGGAGGGGUGCUAGGUGUGCCUCCAACAAUGUCAUAUCCGAACCUUGUGAAUGCAAAUAUGCCGAACAUGCCAAACUAUGCUGGUUCGGUCUCUGGGGCAUUUCCUGGUCUGGUUGGAAUGAUUCCUGGACUUGUUCCGGGCCCUUCUGGUGGGGUGAUUUUGCCUGGUAUCGGAGCUUCCUUGGGUGAAGUAUGUCGGGAAUUUCUUAAUGGGCGUUGCUUCAAAACAGAUUGCAAAUUUAACCAUCCCACACACAACUUGCUCAUGAGUGCAAUAGCUGCAACCUCUACCAUGGGAACCAUGAGCCAAGUGCCUAUGGCUCCUUCUGCUGCUGCGAUGGCUGCUGCUCAGGCAAUUAUGGCUGCUCAGGCUCUUCAAGCCCAUACUGCUCAGUUGCAGGCUCAAUCUAAGUUAUCCAAAGAUUCUCCAGGUGCCUCUGAGAAGGAGAAUAAAGCUGAUACGUUGAAGAAAACAGUCCAAAUUAGCAACCUCAAUCCUCUUCUCACAGCAGAACACUUGAAACAACUUUUUGCAUUUUGUGGUACCGUGGUGGAUUGCACCAUCACUGACUCAAAGCACUUUGCUUACGUAGAGUAUGUGAAACCCGAAGAAGCAACAGCAGCUCUUGCUCUCAAUAACAUGGAUGUUUGCGGUCGCCCCUUAAACGUUGAGAUGGCAAAAUCACUGCCUCAGAAACCUGCUGCUUCUUCGGCUUCAUCCUUGCCAAUCAUGAUGCAGCAAGCAGUAGCCAUGCAACAAAUGCAGUUUCAGCAGGCAUUGCUGAUGCAGCAAACAAUGACAGCACAACAAGCAGCCAACCGCGCUGCUACAGUGAAGUCUGCUACAGAUUUAGCAUCUGCUAGAGCCGCAGAAAUAUCUAAGAAACUGAGGGCUGAUGGAUUUGUAGCUGAUGAAAUAGAACCAGAGAAAAAAUCCAGGUCUCCAUCACCUUCUAUUGUAAGGUCUAAGUCCAAGUCUAGGUCACCUAUAAGCUAUGGUAAAAGACGUAAAUCUCGCUCUUUCUCACCUAUGCGCCAAUACAGAGACCGGAAGUCAAAGUCCCCGCGGAGAUCUCGUCAUAGGUCACGUUCCUUUUCUCCUCGGAUCAGACAUUCUCGAGAUCGUAGAUCCAGGUCUCCAGUAAGGUAUCGCCGCUAUUCAGGCUACGAAUAUGAUAGACGGUCAUAUAGAGAUGUUAGUGAUAGAGCUGGAAGGAGAGAUUCAAAAGGUUCACGUGAUUACCAUGUGUCUGAUUUCAAAAGGAAUAAGAGUAGGAGUCCUAGUCCUCGAGGAAGGAAAUCAUAUCGAAAUCGGUCGGAUUCCCCGAAACCUCGGCAUCAUAGGAGUUCUGCCCACCGUUCCAAAUCACCAAGACUUUACCAAGGAGGUAGGUCUUCCCCCACAAAUGAUGCAGACAAAAGGUUGAAGCAGCGCCAUCGAUCUAGGUCUAAAUCUGUUGAGGAUAGGCAAAAGUCCAGUAAGAGAAUUGAUGAAAGUAAGGAAAAGGAAAAGCGUCGUGGUAGGAGGCGUUCUAGGUCUCCGUCGUACGAAAUUAAGCAUGAGAAGAGUGGCAGGUUGUCCCCCCAAAGUUCAGAUGAGAUUUUAACAACUCAGAGAAAGCGUUCAAGAUCAAGAUCAGUUGACUCUAAGGAUCCUCCGAAAGUGAAAGAAGGUGAGCCCGGUGAAGAAAAAGAAGAAUCAAAAUGUAGGGAAAGAAGUAGAUCCAGGUCCAACGAUGGAGAAAUUCAUAGGAAGAUGUCUUCACAAUCAAUGGAUGAAAAUAAAUCUAAGAUUUCCAGGCACUCAACGUCAAAAUCCAUUGAAGAUGAUGUUGAGCGUAAAGUAAUCAAGGAUGAAAGCAGGAGAGAAAAACGGAAACGUCGUGAUAGGAGGCGUUCCAGAUCAUUAUCUGCAGAACAUGAAUCCCGCUCAGGAGGUAAGUCCUCUCGACAUAGAGAGGAAAAAAUGAAGGAUAAACAUAGAAGACGGUCAAGAACAAAAUCCCCCGAAGGGAAAGAGAGAAGAAAAAAUGGUGGAAGCACUAGUGAAAAACUGGACCACAUUGGCGAAAAGUGUGUAAAAGAUAACGAUGUAAAGAGUUUCAGGAAUUCAAUUGAACUCGGGGAUGAUACUUCCUUAACCAACUGUUCUGGAAAAAACCCCUUAAUCAUUGAGAGUGAAAAAUCUGAAUGUGACAGAAGCAAGUCAAUUAAAGCUGCAGUAUAUGAAAGUGAAUCUGAUAGAUCUGAUAUCGUUGAAAACUCUAAGGGCAGGUCUAAUCAUGGUCCAGAAAUCUUGGGUGAAAAUCACAACUUUGGUGCUGAGACUGAAUACUCUAUUGAGCGAGAAGGUGGGGUUAUUUGAGAUGCUAGUCAGCAGUCAGUUCAUCCGGAUUCUUAAACUGGAGUCACCAUGGCCGAGAUGAGGCUUAAGUUGAUGAUAAUCAUUAAGGGCUGUAAAAGUUUCAGUUUUACUGUCUUGCAGAGAUUUGCAUGCGGGAUUGCUCACUUAAGCUACAAGCAGCAUCCUGCUCACUUGCUGCCUCUUUAUUUUUUUGCAGGUAAGGUGGAGGUGAAAGAGAAUGAAGGCUUCUGUGUUGGCGACUUUCAAGCCUUUUAAUCUCCUUUAUGCAAUGUCAACGACCAGUGUUAGUAGCAAGGUUCUUUGAUUUAAAGUGUAUGUUAACUUUCUCUUGCUAAAGAAAAAACAAAUAUCUUACACUAUUAAUUGAGGACAAUCAUAUCCUUAAUUCUCUGAGUUUGUCUUUAUGUCCUGAGUUUGUCCUUAGGCAGUCUGGAAUUUUCGUUGUUUAUGUCUUUGGUAGGAAUUUGCAUGAUAGAGAAUUACCGAGUCUCUGGUGGACUAUUAGCUUUUGAUCGCACUGGUGGGAUAGAGAAUAGGCAAUGUCUUAAUUUUUUCCUUUCUGUUGUGCAUUUCCAGGUCAAAUAAUAAUCCCUGUAUUGAGUUUUUUUUUCCUGUGUUUAUAUCCCCUUAUAUGUCAAUGUUGGGUGGUCAUUGAACUUCUUUUUGUAGCGUCGCUGAUCUUAGGUCUUUUCUCUUUCUUUUUUUCCUUUUUUUUUUCCUUUUUUUCUUUUUCUCCCGAGUGCUGGGUCUGUUACUUUUGAUACACAGGUACAGGCUUAACAAUGGUGGCUUCUUGUUAGGGCUUUUCCAAAUGAAAAUGGAAGGACAUGUCUGUGAUUUUAUACUGAGAAAUUUAUUCCAUUAGCUAAGCUACUAAGGUCAAGGAGAAGUAGAUGUGCAGUGCAUGAAAAAAGGAAUUUAUUGAGCAAAGCAAAGCAAAGCAGCCUGGAUGGUAGAUUGAAUUUGUCGAAUCUUGGACCAAUAAUUGGUUAUCUAGGAUAAGUCGAUACGAGUUUGAGAGAUUAAUAAUACACAUUAUGCACUUAUAAUACCUUAUGCAUUGGUUCAGUCUGUCUUGUUUAUGUCUGUUUUCUGGGUAAACCAUCGUUGUUUAUUUUAUGUUUUUCCCUUCA